AUAAGUAUCAAGUCAGCCCUUAUGCAAACACUCGGUGUUAGAUAACUAGAGCACUUAAUUGUUUUACUACAUAAAUGAACAGUUACUAAUGUGUAACACGGUUACACAGUAUCAAAUGAAUGGUGAUGAACUGUUCGGUCAGUUUGUCUUUCCUAACGGAGACUAUUACGAAGGUCAGUAUGCUAUGAGAGAAUCAGGAAUUGUACGACACGGAAGGGGCAAAUUUAUUGGAAACUUUAGAAAACGGAUGUCAGAUGUAACAAUAUCGAAUUCAAAUAGCCAAUCGUAUAAAAGUUUGUCAGACGUCAUUCCUGAAUUCUUAAACGGAGACAAUUUUGACGCUUCAACGUUAAGUGAUCUAUUUGGAGAAAAUUUAAUUGAUCAAGGAUACUACUCGGGAGAAUGGGUGAAUGAUAAAAUUGAAGGAUUUGGGAAAGUGAAAUUCGCAUCUGGAUCUUAUUAUGAGGGCGGUUUCAAAGACAAUAAAAUGGAUGGUUUAGGUAUAUAUUAUUGGCCUAAUGGAUAUAUAUUAAAAGCACAAUUUGAACAAAAUAAUAUACAAAGUAAUUCAUUGAUAGAAAUAAUUGAUCCAGAUGGUAAACAAUGGACUGGACGAUUUAAACAAUCCCAUCAACAAAAAUUAAAUGAAAAAGAUAAAAAUUUUAAUGAAACUCAAAUGUUUUUUAAUUUAAAUGAAUAUUAAAAACAAAAUUAAUUUAAAUAUAACUUAUUCAAAUUUGUAUCUUUUUAAUUUUUUUUCUAUUUUCGAAAUGACAUUGAAUGGUUGUUGUUGUUAUGGUGAUGGCGGUGGUGGUCUUUUUAAAUAUUGUUUUUUCAAACUAUUUUAGGGUGAAUUAAUUGAAAAUUUUGA